AUGCCGGCUUGCCUCGAACACUUUGCCUCACUGGUGGGGCUGAACGGCCAGCACGUCUGCCUCUGGACAGGCACAAAGCCAUGCUAUUUCGGCCGUUUGCACGGUCCCGAAGCGGUGCAAGCCAUAAACACCGGGAACACGCGACCCGACAACUGGGCAUCAGGCGGUGCAACUCUGUUCUUUCAUGUUCGAAGACGUCUUUUUCGCCCUUUCAGACCGCAGUACCCGGUGCCUGGUGCCUCUGUGGCAUGCGGCAAAUUAGGCCCCGUUCAACGGGGUCCGCGGCUGCCGAACAUCAUUUGGGCCAGCCUCUUUUUUUGGCAUUGGCGGGCAAUCCAGACCUCGAAAGGCGGCCGCUGUAGAUCGCUUGAGUGUCUCGUGGUCGGAUGGUCGUCAUGCCAGCCAGGGAUGGGGGCAAAAGACGGCUGA